UAGGACUAUCGGAUAAUUUCCGCCGUCGACUAAAAUCAUAACAUGUAUAACACGAAUGUUUAGCCCGCUACGGAAUAUCCGCCUGAAAUAUUUCUUAAGGUAUAAAUGCCUACAAGUUCAGCAAUUGAUACACAAAUGAUGGCGAAUAAAACAUCAAGCGGCGUUUUGCAAUUUAAAAUUAAACUUUUGUCCGGCAACAAUGUUGUGCUGGUCGAUUGUGUUGGAUACGAUAGCCAGCUAUUUGUGCCGCAGAUAAUCAAGGGAGUAAUUACAUUUCAAAACAUCAUACCCAGUAAUCGCUGCUGCAAUGCGGCCUGUGGCCAGGGGCAAAAAGGACAAUUUAUCCUUCCUGCCACUAAAUUUGGCAAUGUAAGAAUUGUGCCUCCAUUGGGAUAUAACUCCGGGGUAGAUGUUAGUAACAAAUCUGCACCAUUGGCUAGAAGUACACCAUCACGCGGAUCGUCAGUGCGGGCCGAGAAGGAGAAUGUAUCAAUGGUGCUGACGCCGGAGCAAACACGUUGCAGGCCAACUCAGAUGAUGACUUCACCCACAUCCGCUACAAUUAACUCAGAUACUCAACCGUUUCUGGAGUCAUCGUUCCAUACGUGCAAUCUGCCCAUCUCUGAGUUGCCUGACGUCAGUCCGCUUCGCCCUGUUGCAAACACACCAGAUUCGUCGCUUAGACGUCGGCUUGCAUCUACGGCUAGUUCACCAGACUCGGCAACCACAUCAGAACCGGCGCUAUACAACUUUAUGCACAAGGCCCCACCCUUGCGUACCUAUUCACGCCGUAAAGGCGACACAACCACGCAGUCGACAGCAUCCAUUUCCUGGUCACCCUUGUCGAAGAAGAAGAGAUUGGCGAAAGUGUCGUCUACAAAGCCGCCGAGUCCCCGUCUAAAAAUGGAGGUGCGCCACCGUAAGCUAAUCGUAGAUCAGAAAAAGACGCUUAGCCAACCGGAUGCUCCAACGUUAUCAAUUCCAAUUAUAAAAACCAAAAUACAAGGCAAACUGGUAUCGGCUAAAACGCGUCGUCAAUUUGAGGCACUCAAACUGACCGCCUUCGAUCUGCUCACUUCCCCGGGCAUUAGCCGCCUUUCAAGUGAGCUAUAUCAGCAGUUCAAGGAUGCGUGCGUGGAUAGGUAUUGUGAGACCCUGCCCAGCUAUGUGGAGCUAUCUUCUGUGGCGCCAUUGCAGCAAGAUCGUCAGGUGAAGACUUUGCUUGCGAAAAAGAAGCGUUUAGAAAGACAAUUGACGAAAUCAGAGCAAGCCCGAUUGAUAAAGGGAAGAAGAGUUUAAACGCCAACUGUCUGGGGAAAAUUAUUAUUAUUGUAAUAUCGAUGCAAUAUUCAUUUCUCAUUUACAUUUAGUAGUCAUAUAUCCAAAUAUUAGAGAGUACAAAUUCGAGAGGAAUGGCCAACGGGCAGCAGUAUUUAGAAUUCUAAUUUUUAUAUAAUAAUUGUAAUACAAUCUAAUUUACACUAGUUGUAAUUAUGGUUUUUAGAACUACGAACUGAUUUACAAAAGAUAAAUAAAUGAAAAGAAGGAACACAUUCUUGCAAUAUA